AUGUCGACGGUGGGUCGCGCCGCGAUGGGUUCCUACGCGGACUACGACCCGUACGAGGCGCGCGGCAUCCCCCGCGGCAUCCCCGUCGCGUCCCCCGUGGCCGGCGGCGGAGGUGGUUACGGGGCCACGAACGCCCCGACGCCCUUCGCGGUGCAACCCCCGGUGCAGCAGAGGAUGACGGACGACCCGAGUGCGGGACUCGGGUUUCUCGGCGCCAUCGACGGGGUUUUCCUGCAGGAGAAGGUUGAGAUGUUGGAGGUCAUCACCGGCUGCGACACGCACAACGUCUACCACGUCACCCCUGUUCCGAAGGGCAUGCUCCCGGAAGGGGUCGUGCCGAAAGAGUGGAUCGACUACUUCACCAAUCAGGCGCACUCCACGCCGAUGCUCAAGGCGAGGGAGGAGGGCGAGUGCCUGGAGCGCGUCUGCUGCCCAAACUUCAGGUCUUUCACCAUGGACUUCAAGGACGGCACGGGCGCGACGUUCUUCACCCUGCACAGGCCCUUCAACUGCACGAUCGCCACACCGUGCUUCAUGUGUAACCCCCAGCGAAUGGAGUUGACGGAUGGCCACGGAGCGCACGCGGCGCACGCGUCGGAGGAGUUCCGCGCGUGCUGGUGGUGCACGCGAUCGUUCGUCGCUCACGACGAGGCGAUGAACGAGCUGUACAGGGUGCGCGCGGGCGAUUGCGCGACGAUGCGGGGCAAGUGCAACUGGUGCGCCCCGAGCUGCUGCAACGAGAGCUACGACCUCGACGUGCUCGAGCCCGCGGAGACGCGGGGAGUGGGCGCCACCGCGGCGAACGUGUGGCCGGGUUGGACGUGCGCGGGCAUCACGGACAGGAGCAACAUCCUCAUCAGGUUCCCGCCCGACGCCACGCCGCGGCAGAGGGCGGCGCUGCUGGCGACGAUGAUGCUGGUGGAGUUUAGUCACUUUGAGUGGAAAAAGGGCGAGCACGAGGGCAACCUCGCGUACGCCCUGUGA